AUGUACACCCAGUCGACCCGCAAUGUCAACCUCAGCAAGUCCGAGACCGAACUGGCUACCAACAUCAAGAAGGCCACCUCGAUCGAAGAGUCCGCCCCGAAGCGCAAACAUGUGCGCGCAUGCAUUGUCUACACAUGGGACCACAAGAGCAGUGGCAGUUUCUGGAAUGGCAUCAAGGUCCAGCCCAUCCAGGCCGAUGAGGUGCAGACCUUCAAGGCACUGUACACCAUACACAAAGUGCUGCAGGAGGGACAUCCGGUAGCGCUGAAGGAAGCGCAGGCUCAUGUGGGAUGGCUGGAAGGCCUGUCGCGCGGCAUGGUGGGUGGCCUGGGAGAGGGAAUGCGUGGAUAUCAACCGCUGAUCCAGGAAUACAUCUUCUACCUCGUGUCGAAGCUCAAGUUCCACCGCGACCACCCAGAGUUCAACGGCACGUUCGAGUAUGAGGAGUACAUUUCGCUCAAGUCGAUCAAUGAUCCCAACGAGGGAUAUGAGACCAUCUCCGAGCUCAUGACGCUGCAGGACCAGAUUGAUAGCUUCCAGAAGCUGAUCUUCUCGCACUUCCGUGGAACGACCAACAACGAAUGCAGGAUCAGUGCGCUGGUGCCUCUUGUGCAGGAAAGCUAUGGAAUUUACAAGUUCAUUACGAGCAUGCUGCGAGCAAUGCACACCACGCUGGGAGAUGACGAGGCGCUGAGUCCGCUUCGUGGGCGAUACGAUGCGCAACACUACCGCCUCGUCCGCUUCUACUACGAAUGCUCGAACCUCCGCUACCUCACUUCUUUGAUCACCAUCCCGAAACUCCCUCAAGACCCACCGAAUCUCCUUUCAGAGGAUGAGACUGCGCCUGCUCUGCCCACCAGACCGAAGAACGAAGCCGCAACGAAGCCGAGAGACACGCCUCCACCGCAGCCAUCCACCGACCCUGAGCCGAUCAACGAAUUUUGGAAGAAUGAGCAGGCGAGGCAGCAAGAGGAGUACGAGGCAGAGCAAAGGAGGUUGCAGGCGCAAUGGGAAGACGCACAGAGACAACAGCAGAUGCAAUCGCAGCAAGCGCAGCGAGAUUUUGAGGAACAGCAGCGACUACAAGCCGAACAGCAGAGGCUACAACUUGAACAACUUCAGCGAGAACAGUAUGCUCAGCAGACGCAAGGUCGCAUGGCCGAAUUGGAGCGGGAGAACCUCAAUGCUCGCGCACAAUACGAGCGUGAUCAGCUCAUGUUGGAACAGUACGAUCGACGGAUGAAGGCGCUGGAAGGCGAAUUAAGUCAGCUCAACCAGAACUUCCAGCAACAGACGCAGAGCAAAGACGACCAGAUUCGUGCUUUGCAGGAGCAGGUCAACACAUGGCGGACGAAAUAUGAGGCGUUGGCGAAGCUAUACAGUCAGCUGCGACAUGAGCAUCUCGAGCUCUUGCAGAAAUUCAAGGGCGUGCAACUCAAGGCUGCGUCUGCUCAAGAAGCGAUUGACAAGCGGGAGAAGCUGGAGCGAGAACUCAAGACGAAGAACCUGGAACUUGCCGACAUGAUCCGUGAGCGAGAUCGCGCCCUGCACGACAAGGACCGCACGACUGGAGGCCAUCGCGAUGAAUUGGAGAAGCUCAAGCGCGAGCUACGAAUGGCGCUCGACCGAGCAGACAAUGCCGAUCGCGCAAAGGGAAGCGAGCUCUCAGCCAUGCUUUCUCGUCACAACCGCGAGAUUGCUGAUCUGGAGGAGGCCCUCCGUAACAAGACUCGGUCUUUGGAUGAGAUGCGAGACAAGCUGGGCGAAGGCAGCUCCGACUUGCAAGCGCAAUUGCGGGAGAAGGAGGACGAGCUGGAGAUCUACAAGUCCAGCUUAGACCAGGCUCUCGUGGAGCUUGAGGAGCUGCGAAAUAAUGGUGGCGGUGUGGACUCGGCGAUGGACGAGCAGAUCGACGUGAUGCUGCUGGACAACAUCAAGAAGAUCAACGAACUCAUCGAUUCGGUUCUUCAGUCCGGUGUGCAGCGUGUGGACGACGCUCUUUACGAGCUCGACAGCUCUAUGCAGGCUGGAAACCAGAAUGCGAGCGGUGCAUACGUCCUGUCGCAGAUCGAGAAGGCUCAAAGCAGUGCGAUGGAGUUCAGCACGGCUUUCAACAAUUUCAUCGCCGAUGGUCCGAACAGCACUCAUUCGGAGGUCAUCAGGACAGUUCAUACUUUCUCCAACGCCAUCGCCGACGUCCUCUCUAACACCAAGGGUCUGACUCGCUUCGCGAGCGACGAUAAGAAGGGCGAUCAACUCAUGUCUGCGACCCGACGAUCCGCCUCCAGCACCGUCGACUUCUUCCGUGGCAUUAUGUCUUACCGUCUCGAUGGUCUAGAGGAUCUUCAAAAGACCGAUGUGGUCAUCAACAAGAACAACGAUGUCCAAAUUGCGCUCAACAACCUCUCGAAACUCGCCGACGCCUUCGCGCCCAAGAACAAAGUCACAUCUACAAAUGGCGAUCUCGGCGAGCUCGUCGACCGCGAGAUGUCUAAUGCCGCCAAAGCCAUUGAAGCGGCCGCCGAACGUCUCGCCAAACUCCAGAACAAGAACCGCGAUCAGUACUCCACUUACGAACUCAAGAUUCACGAUGAGAUUCUCGAGGCUGCCAUCGCUGUCACCAACGCCAUUGCUCAACUCAUCAAAGCCGCAACUGCCUCCCAGCAGGAGAUUGUCAACCAAGGCCGUGGCUCGAGCAUGUCCAAGACGCAAUUCUACAAGAAGAACAACCGCUGGACGGAAGGUCUCAUCUCUGCCGCAAAAGCCGUGGCGACAUCGACAAACAUGCUCAUCGAGACCGCCGACGGCGUCAUCUCAGGUCGCAACUCCCCCGAGCAGUUGAUUGUCGCUUCGAACGAUGUCGCCGCAUCGACUGCACAGCUCGUUGCAGCGUCCCGUGUCAAGGCGUCGUUCAUGAGCAAGACCCAGGAAAGGCUCGAGACGUGCAGCAAAGCGGUCACGAACGCUUGCCGCAGCUUGGUCCGGCAGGUGCAGAGCAUCAUUGAGAAGAGGCAGCGGGACGGCGAUGAGGAUGUGGACUAUAGUAAGCUGAGCGGGCAUGAUUUCAAGGUUCGGCAGAUGGAGCAGCAGGUCGAGAUUUUGCAGUUGGAGAAUUCGCUGUCGGCGGCGAGGCAUCGUUUGGGAGAGAUGCGGAAGUUGUCGUAUCAAGAAGAGGAUUAA